AUUUGAUUAUCAAAUACUCAAAAUUUCAUCUUAAGGAACCCUAGCCCUCCCCGUAACAGUGUGCUUAUUAUCACUUCACUCACUGUCACCCCCGCGGAAAAAAACGAUGGACUCUCCCCCACCAGAACUCUCCGAUCCCAACAAUGUCACCUCCUCCGACUAUUCGCCGGAUAGCCACCAAUCUCCGCCGCCGGAACCUCCAUUCUCCGACUCCCAGCUCGACGACACUCUCGACUCUCAGCCCGAACCCUACCAACCCGACCCAACACCUCCCACCGCCAACGCCCUCCCACCUCCCAAGAAGCGCCGCCGUCGGAAAAAACAGUUCCCGGAGAUGAUCUCCUCCGCCGCCGCAGUCAACGGCCUCCGAGUCCUCCGCGCCCGAGAAAAAUCGAACGACUCCGCCGUCGAGAUCGACGACGCUCCGUCUAAGAAUCGCCGCCGCCGGAGAACCUCCGAUCUUUCCAAAGAAGUCGACAUUGAAGCCCUAAUCGCGAUCUCCGUCGGAUUCCCAGUCGAUUCCCUCACGGAAGAGGAAAUCGAAGCCAAUGUCGUUUCGCAGAUCGGUGGAAUUGAGCAAUCGAACUAUAUCGUCGUUCGGAACCACAUUCUCGCGCGGUGGCGAUCGAAUGUGUCGGUUUGGAUGACUAAAGAUCAUGCCUUGGAGUCGAUUCGAGCUGAGCAUCGAGGGCUUGUGAGCUCUGCUUACUCUUUCUUGCUCCAGCAUGGUUACAUCAAUUUUGGCCUCGCUUCGGCCAUUAAAGAAGCCAAAUUGAAGCCCCCGGAGGGUUUCACGAAGAAGAAUGUGAUCGUUGUUGGGGCUGGACUCGCCGGAUUGGUCGCCGCGAGGCAAUUGAUCUAUUUAGGGUUUAAGGUUGUGGUUUUGGAAGGUCGAAUUCGUCCCGGUGGCCGAGUCCGAACGAAGAAGAUGAGCGGCGGAAAAGGACUAGUGGCUGCUGCUGACCUUGGUGGGAGUGUUCUCACCGGAAUCAAUGGCAACCCACUUGGAGUUCUUGCUAGGCAAUUGGGUUUUCCACUUCAUAAGGUGAGAGAUAUAUGCCCACUUUACUUACCUGAUGGAAAAACUGUGAAUUCAGAAAUUGAUUCUCGUGUUGAAGUUUCAUUCAAUAAAUUGUUAGAUAGGGUCUGCAAACUUAGGCAAGCAAUGAUGGAGGAAGUUAAAUCAGCAGAUGUUUCCUUAGGGACCGUGCUCGAAGCUUUUCGGUGCGUUUAUAAGGUUGCUGAUGAUCCCCAAGAGCGAAUGCUCUUAAAUUGGCAUCUUGCAAAUUUAGAGUAUGCUAACGCUACGUUGAUGUCCAAUUUGUCAAUGGCAUUUUGGGAUCAGGAUGAUCCCUAUGAGAUGGGUGGCGAUCAUUGUUUCAUUCCUGGAGGGAAUGAGAGGUUUAUCCGGGCUUUGGCAGAGGAUUUACCCAUUUUUUAUGACCGGACAGUGGACAGUGUUAGGUAUGGAGUUGAUGGGGUUUUGGUGUAUGCUGGUGGGCAAGAAUAUAGGGGAGACAUGGUACUUUGUACCGUGCCAUUGGGUGUGCUCAAGAAGGGAUCUAUUGAGUUUGUCCCUGAUCUCCCACAACGAAAAAAAGAUGCUAUCGAGAGAUUAGGAUUUGGGUUGCUAAAUAAGGUUGCAAUGUUGUUUCCAUAUGAUUUUUGGGGUGGGGAGAUUGAUACUUUCGGGCAUUUGACAGAGGACUCAAGUAUGAGGGGUGAAUUCUUUUUGUUUUACAGCUAUUCUUCUGUAUCGGGAGGGCCACUUCUUGUAGCUCUUGUUGCCGGAGAGGCUGCGAUUAAAUUUGAAAAGAUGUCCCCAGUGGACGCCGUGGGAAGGGUUUUGGACAUAUUAAGGGGUAUAUUUAACCCAAAAGGGAUUUCUGUUCCCAAUCCACUUCAGGCGGUUUGUACCCGUUGGGGGCAAGAUCAGUUUGCACAUGGAUCUUACUCAUAUGUUGCAAUCGGUGCUUCAGGUGAUGAUUAUGAUAUUCUAUCAGAGAGUAUUGGAGAUGGGAGAGUGUUCUUUGCUGGAGAGGCAACUAACAAGCAGUAUCCAGCAACAAUGCACGGAGCUUUUCUCAGUGGGAUGAGAGAGGCUGCUAACAUAUUGAGAGUUGCUAAGAGGAAGUCUUUGGUUACAGCAGAAAAAUCAAAUAAUCUCAAUGCUGAAAGUGAUGAUGUUGUGAAAUUGUUUGAAAUCCCUGACCUUAAAUUUGGUAGCUUUUCUGUUUUGUUUGAUCCCAGGUCAAAUGAUCUUGAAUCUGUGUCUUUAUUACAAGUUGCAUUAAAAGGUGAGAAAUUGGAUUCUGGUUGUCUACAUCUUUAUGGCUUGAUCCAAAGAAAGCAGGCUAUUGAACUGAGCAAGGUGAAUGGAGAUGUUAGCAGGAUGAAGUUGUUGAAUUGUGAGUUUCGGGUGAGGUUGGUCGGGAGACAAAGUCUGUGUAGCGCUGCGGAAUCUCUUAUCGCAUGCGUCAAAUCAGCUUGAUCCAGCUUAAAUUGAGAAUUCAAACACGAUGACAAGUUUGCAGAAGUUUUCCUAAUGGCUUUAAGCAAUAGGUAGCAGUGGUAAACUCACUUGGGAGUUUCUUUCUGUUCAAAUGUGAUUGACUUGCAGAGAGCUCUUGGAUGAUUUGGUUUAUCUUCAGGAUAUAUGACUCUUGUUGAACUAAAAGCCUGCUUUGUCUGUACAGUAGUGGUGCAUUUUAGAGUUUACAUUAUUAUUGGGUUCAAAAGAGAUGCAUAAUUGGUUCCAUUUUAAAAUGCCUACAACUUGGUGACAGGAACGCUGAGAUUUAUCUCAAUGCAGUUUAUUUUCUUUGCCCACAUUGUUGUACAUUUGUCUUUGUGGAGUAUAUGAUAAAUCACCAUUAUUCUCUUCA